AUGAGGCCGCCCGCGGAGGACGGACACCCGCCCCUAGCAGCCUCCCAGGCAAUGCACAUGAGUGAGGUGCCUGGGCCUGUCGCAGGGCGGGUGACCUGGGCGAGGUCAGCGGCCGGGGUGGCUUGCUGUGCCGGGCAGACCACCCACUGCAGGGCGUCCAAGGGCUCGGCAUCGCAACCUCCAGUGAGGGAGGACCGUGCACCGGGAAGGACUCCGACCCGUGGCCUCCCAAAGGACCCCUCACGGUGCGGUCACCGCGCGGCCAGGGAGGCGGCUGCCUUCCCCAGACCCCUACGGGGAGCCACGCCUCCCAGAGGAGAGGCCACAUGCAAGACCGGCCCCGCCCCUGCCCGCGCGGUCCUUCCCUACCCGGGCCUCCCACAGCCGCUGACGCCAUGCCACUUGAGGCCAGGGCACCUCCUCCAGAGCCCCUCGCCCAUCCAGACGGGCCUGUCCACCCACGUCCCCGGCAGGCUCCCUCUGCCCGCCUGUCGCUCACCACUUCAGGUGCCCCCAUCUCGCCACCCAGCCCCAGCCUCCGGGCCAACAUCCCUGGACGUCCCAGGGGAGCGCCCUCAGGGUUUCCCAGGCUCCGCCCUCCCAAGAGCCCCCGCUACCACAAGACCCCUGCAGCAGGGGGCCCUCAGGGGUCCCCAGAGCAGAAAGAGAACACUACCCUGCCGGGAUCCCGUCUCCCACAGGAGCCUGAGAAGGGCGCCGGGCUGGGCCAGGACGCCCCCUGGGACCCUAGGGCCGCCCACUUGCCUCGGGUGCCGGGCCCAACUUUCGGCCCACGGGACGGCCUGGGAAACCCCCCAAGGCCGGCGGGAGGCCGCCCGGGAUCUCCAGCACGCUCGGGCGCGCGGCCUCUCCCCCGAGGCCAGCGCCGGGCGCCGUUCCCCAUGCUUCCUGGGCCCGGCCGGCGGCCGCCUUCCCCAGACCCACCCGAGUGGCUGCUGA